GAGGGCUUCCUAUUAGGAGAUGUAAGGCAAGAAGAGACUGUCAGCAUCAGCGACACACAGAUCAGCAGUGCAGAAUUGGUCCAGGUAGUAGAAAUCCAUAACCAUGAUCCUUGCGCACAGUUGUUUAGAAUGUCAUUGGUUGGUACCGGUUCCGGAGAAACACGCAGCAGCAGAUGUCGUUCAGGGAACAGAUCAUCCACAAACAGCUGACUCAACUGCUCGGCGUACCCGACCUCGUCUUCCUUCUCUUCAGCUUCAUCUCUACCGCCAACAGCUCCACGCAUGCACUCGAGUAUGUGCUCUUCAGACCUAACCGCAGUAGGUACAACCAGAGGAUUACGCUCACAAUCCCAAACCUUGGCAACACCAGCCAGCAGGAAUACAAAGUCUCCUCAGUGCCCAACACCUCGCUUAACUACGCCAAGGUCAUCAAAGAGCACGGGGCAGAAUUCUUUGACAAAGAUGGUGUGAUGAAAGAUAUCCGAACAAUAUUCCAAGUCUACAGUGCACUACAAGAUAAAGUACAGGCUGUGUGUGGAGAAGUAGAACAAAGUGAACGUGUUAAAGAGAAAAUUCAAGAGGACGUGAACAAACUUAAACAACAAAUUGCUCUCAGGAAACGCAAGACAGCAGAAGAGGAGAGAAAAAUCCGUGAAGCCCAAAAUGCAGACUCCCAUUCCUCCCCAGAGGAGAACACAGAACCUUCUGAAUCCUCCCUUCUGUCCAGAAUAACCUUCCACACACCCUCAGCCCCGGAGCGGCCCAGUACCUCACCUAACCCACCAUCUUACACUGACCUCUUGUCCCAAGAUGACUCUUUGAUCUCCUCUUCCUCGCCACCUACCAGUGCUGCUCUGUUGCCCCGGCCCCAAGCUGUGGGCUCUCCAGGACACCCUACUCCUGGCCCUCUGGGGAUGGGCCUGGGGAUGGGCCUUGGGCUGGGCCUAGGCCUCGGCACCAGUUCAAACCCUGUCACCACACCCAGCACUCCCUAUCUUGGCAAUGGUGACGGAUCAAGCUCUGACUCUUUAGACAGACAAGCCGCAGGGCAGGAAGAUGAUGAUGAUGACGAGGAUGAUGACGAUGAUGAAGACGAGGACAGUAGCGAAUAUGAGAACUUAGUGAGUGAAGGCGCUCAUCUGCCAAUGGUCUCUGCCAGCGUUUUAGCUCAAGGCCGACCAGCUGCCCUCAGUCCUGAUGGGGACGCUCGUGGUUCACAGACCACAUAGAAACUUGCCACAGGAUGUGUAAGGGACACAAAUAUGUGACACACCUUGACGGGUGGGCAUCUGAAGCAAUCAAAGAUAGGCAAAUAUAGACAAAAGAAGUGCCAGUCCUGAAAGUGAAAGGCAUGCGCAAGUGGUGUCCCACUGUGUGUAUUUCUUCUUGUCUUAGUCUGAUCUCCAUUUUAAGGGGAAACCUUGCUAGGCUUUGCAGGCUUAACAGGUGAAUCUCACUGGGGGAAAGUCGUCUGUUUUCAUGUUCUCUUUGGAAUGGGCUGGUCAAGUUAUUUAAGUGUGGAUCUGUCUGCUUUCGGGAUCAGCUAUUGCAAUGUAAUUUCUGCCAACUGGUUGGCAAACUGGCUCUUUAACAGACAGGGCCACACUUUCUGUAUGUUCUGUGUCUGUGUUCUUUUGUUUCACAUUUGCAUCACCAACUUUGAGCACCCACUCUUUCAUUACCUCUUGCACUAUUUUUUUGCUUUCUUUUAAACAAACCAUUGAAGAAAGCAAAGGGAAAAAUAUUCUGCGGCCUUCAAAACAAAUUCACUGAAGUAGGCAAAUGGUUGUUAACUUUUUAUUUUUAAAUUUGAAGAAAGAGAUUUAUAUGUAAUUAGAAUUUCUUUAACGUGCACAUUUCUCACUUGAUUGUGGACAUUUUUCUUUUCCAUGUUUCACAGUGUUGAAUUAAUCAUACAGUUGCCUAUUUAAAUGAUGAAGAAUAGAUUGAAAAACAAAAUUUACUCUGCCACUUAUAUAAUGGGUGCUUUAUAUAUACAUAUAUAUAUUUUUUGUCAGAUUAACAGUUAAUCUAAUUUGAUUGACAAUAAUGUCAAUGUCUUGUUCUUCUUGGAUAACACUGAAAUUGUAUGCGCUUUGCUGCACUUAACAAAAUUUAAGAUUUCUUUAUUAUUGUGCUAUACCAAUGAUGACAUGUUGUGCCACUUGAGUAGUCCUCUUUGACCACCCUGAGCCAAACUCAGCUCAGCUUUUGUGCAUUGUACGGGGUUCACAGGGCAAACACAGUGUACUGUAGCUUUACUAACCAGAUGCUUAAGGUUCCCUUCUGCUGCUGCAACACAGAGAGCUACCACUAAAAAAAACUUGCAUCUGUCUGUUCUUCUUCAUAUAAAAACCUGGCUGCUACUUCCACUUUACAGUGCUGGUUGUCUCAAUACUACUGACCAUGUUCAUUUAACCACUUCAAGCUCACUUCUCACUGACUUGUUCUCUAUUAAAGUCAUAAUGGAAGGCUGAUAUCUCCUGUAGUGUGUGAAUUGUAACCUUGGGAACAGAGACUGAGCCAUCACCUUCCUAUCUUUGCAUAGUUGACCGCAGACCUCAUGUAUUGUGACCUGCUUGGGUCAAUGUUACGUGUAUGGACCUGGAUAAUGUGAUGAAAACAUCAUGACCUUGCUUCAGUAUACAGUGCCUUCCACUCAGGGCAGUUUCUCUCUGCACACAGAACACAUUAACAAAUCUCUUUUAAGAGGUAGAAUUAUAACAAACUGUGUUGUGUUUGCAAUAAUCAACUUCCAGCUUUUUUAUUUCCUUUUUUGUUCAGUCCUGCAAUUACAUGCCUACCUUUCCAUAAUGUUAUGUUUUGUCUACUUGAAACAGUCUUUACUGCUUCCAACUUCCAACUGCUUUCCCUCUUUACUUUCGCUGAUGGCUUCUAAGUGGACCUGUAUCUCUUGGUUACAACUGUGACUUUGCUUGAUUAUUUGAAACUGGAAUUAUAACUGUAAAGUGUGAGGGAGUCUGUGUAGUGACCGAACAGCCUGCAAGGCAAAGUUGGUGAUGUGACAUACAGAUGACUUUUAAACAUCUGGCCCAUUUGAAGACAACAGAAGUGAGGUGUGGAUUGAUUGGAUGCUGGAUGUAGGAUGCCCUCCUUGCAUGAACCGGUUAAUUCUAGACACUGUUAUAUUCAGCAUGGACAGAUGUUUGCACUGCACAUGGAGGGUGUCUGGCAUAGUCAAGAGGCUGCACUCAAUUUGGAAAUUAAGACAUUUUUGUGGUGGGUGACGCUUUGCCUUGUGAACAAGCUCUGCUUUAUUUACGCAGCCUGUUUGUAUGUCAUGUUUUUUGCCUUAGGGUCAUUUCGUUUGCCCUGAUGUGUAAUGCCAAUGCAUCACUGAUCGGGAACUGGCACUCAAAAUGUUGUUUCAUAAUCAGCUGGAGUCACACAAUCACACAAUGUUAAGACAUGACAAAAUCAGUUUGUUAGGAGUGUGGUUUCCUUUGAGUACUGGAAUAUAAUGAGGAAAUAAAUAAUGAAUGUAUAGUAGACAUAGGGGGUUGGGGGUAGCAUUUAAACAGCACUUACUGUAUAAGCUUGUCUCAGUUGAGUGUUGUGGUGGUAUAGAGCAGCAGUUCUCAGUGUUGGUCCUCUCUCUUAAUCCUGGUCUUCAGGCCCCUGGAUGAUUGCUCUUUAAGUCUUUCUUUCUGGCAUCCUUGGCUGUAACCUUGAAAAACAGCAGGUCUUUGGUGCAGAAGACCACCGGUAUAAAGCGUGAGAUGACUAACAUUGUUAGGAUCCUAUACCUAUCAAGUUCCAAAUUAAUACAAAUAUACACUCAUGUACUCUUACUGUAUGGGGUGAUCCUUCACUUCCUCCCCCAAGUGGGCCAUUGCAACAUCAACACCUCCCUGAAGCACAAAGUCCGGAGCACAGCUUAGAUCUUCUUGGCUUUUAUCUGGAUUUGUGUACUUGAUGAAAGUUGACCAAGGACUUGCUUGGAUGAGCACAGAGAAUACGAUUCUUAAACUGGGGGAUAAUAAAUGAGACAUGCAUAUGUGA